UGCUUCAGUUUCCUUGUCUGUAAAAUAGGGAUAUUACCAUUUGCCUUUCCAGGUCACUGUGUUGAGAAAAUAAGACCUCGACUGGGACCUGGCACCCUUUAGGUGCUCAAUAAAUAUUGGUGGAUUGGAUAAUUGGACAAACAUCUGACUAACGGCUGUUGUUCUUUUGUUGCCAGGAGUGGGCAAUCCACGAUCAGUCAACAAAUGCUAACUGAGCCCCUACCACGUGCCAGGCCCUGUGCUAAAUGUUUUCUAAGCACACUCUCCCGAAUUCCUCACAACCUGAUAAAGAAAGCAAGAUUCUUAUGCCCAUUUUCCAGAUGAAGAAGCGGCAGCGCAGGGAGCUUAAGUGAUGGGGGCAAGGUCACACAGCAAAGAAGAGGAGGAGCGGCUGAUGCCCGUGCGCAUGGCCUACCUCCCUCACUGCCCAGCUGGAGACCGGGAGGCCCAGAGAGGGCAGGUUAUUUGCCCAAGGUCACGCAGAAGACGGUGGCCGAGGCCUCCACACCUCCGAGAGUUUCCGUCGCGGAUCCCCCCCCUACCCCACCCUUUCACGCGCUCGGGCCCCUCCAAUCCGCAGCUCUGCGUGCGGGGGCGCGCGCAUCCCCCCGCCGUCCAUCCGUCAGACCGUCUGUCUGGGUGUCUACGCGGGCGCAGCCGUGUACUGGUCCCCAGCCUCGGGCGCUGCGCAGCGAGAGGCAGGGCGUUCGCAGCGGCCGGCCCUCGCCCCACGCCCGCAGCCGGCAGACGGCAGCGCCUGCGUCCGCGCCCCCCCAGCCGGUGCGCGGGAGCCGCCGGGGCAAAGGCGCGGCGGCCGGCCGGCGGCGCAUCUCUUACUCGCUCGCUCGCUCGCGCUCUGCGCUCAGGGGAAGCCAAGCCCAGAAGCCCCAGUAACCCGCCCUCCAAGAUGAAGAAGCUCCAGGGAGCUCACCUCCGCAAGCCUGUCACCCCAGACCUGCUGAUGACCCCCAGUGACCAGGGAGAUGUGGACCUGGACGUGGACUUUGCUGCAGACCGGGGGAACUGGACAGGCAAGCUGGACUUCCUGCUGUCCUGCAUUGGCUACUGUGUGGGCCUGGGCAACGUCUGGCGCUUCCCCUAUCGAGCUUACACCAACGGAGGAGGCGCCUUCCUCGUGCCCUAUUUCCUCAUGCUAGCCAUCUGCGGCAUCCCCCUCUUCUUCCUCGAGCUCUCUCUCGGCCAGUUCUCCAGCCUGGGGCCCCUGGCCGUCUGGAAGAUCAGCCCCCUCUUCAAAGGUGCCGGCGCGGCCAUGCUGCUCAUCGUGGGCCUGGUGGCCAUCUACUACAACAUGAUCAUCGCCUACGUCCUCUUCUACCUCUUCGCCUCCCUCACCAGCACCCUGCCCUGGGAGCACUGUGGCAACUGGUGGAACACGGACCUCUGCCUCGAGCACAGAGGCUCCAAGAACGGCAACGGGGCCCUGCCCCUCAACCUCACCAGCACCGUCAGCCCCAGCGAGGAGUACUGGAGCCGCUACGUUCUCCACAUCCAAGGGAGCCGGGGCAUCGGCAGCCCCGGGGGGAUCCGCUGGAACCUCUGCCUCUGCCUGCUGCUCGCCUGGGUCAUCGUGUUUCUCUGUAUCCUCAAGGGUGUGAAGUCCUCCGGCAAGGUGGUGUAUUUCACGGCCACGUUCCCCUACCUCAUCCUGCUCAUGCUGCUGGUCCGCGGAGUCACCUUGCCGGGGGCCUGGAAGGGCGUCCAGUUCUAUCUCACCCCCCAGUUCCACCACCUGUUGUCUUCUAAGGUGUGGAUCGAAGCUGCUCUUCAGAUCUUCUACUCCCUGGGUGUGGGCUUCGGGGGUCUCCUCACCUUUGCCUCCUACAACACGUUUCACCAGAACAUCUAUAGAGACACCUUCAUCGUCACUCUGGGCAAUGCCGUCACCAGCAUCCUGGCUGGCUUCGCCAUCUUCUCCGUGCUGGGCUACAUGUCUCAAGAGCUGGGUGUGCCUGUGGACCAAGUAGCCAAAGCAGGCCCCGGCCUGGCCUUUGUUGUCUACCCACAGGCCAUGACCAUGCUGCCUCUGUCGCCCUUCUGGUCCUUCCUUUUCUUCUUCAUGCUGCUGACUCUCGGCCUGGACAGCCAGUUUGCCUUUCUGGAGACCAUUGUGACAGCUGUGACGGACGAAUUCCCAUACUACCUGCGGCCCAAGAAGGCCGUGUUCUCGGGGCUCAUCUGCGUGGCCAUGUACCUGAUGGGGCUGGUCCUCACCACCGACGGGGGCAUGUACUGGCUGGUCCUUCUGGAUGACUACAGCGCCAGCUUCGGGCUAAUGGUGGUGGUGAUCACCACGUGCCUCGCCGUCACCCGGGUGUAUGGCAUCCAGAGGUUCUGCCGGGACAUCCACAUGAUGCUGGGCUUCAAACCGGGUCUCUACUUCAGGGCCUGCUGGCUGUUCCUGUCCCCAGCCACGCUCCUGGCCCUGCUGGUGUAUAGCAUCGUCAAGUACCAGCCAUCGGAGUAUGGCAGCUACCGCUUCCCAGCCUGGGCGGAGCUGCUCGGCAUCCUGAUGGGCCUGCUGUCCUGCCUCAUGAUCCCCGCCGGCAUGCUGGUGGCCGUGCUGCGAGAGGAGGGCUCACUCUGGGAGCGGCUCCAGCAGGCCAGCCGGCCGGCCAUGGACUGGGGCCCGUCGCUGGAGGAGAAUCGGACGGGCAUGUAUGUGGCCACACUGGCCGGGAGCCAGUCGCCCAAGCCGCUGAUGGUGCACAUGCGCAAGUACGGGGGCAUCACCAGCUUCGAGAACACCGCCAUGGAGGUGGACCGGGAGAUCGCCGAGGAGGAGGAGUCUAUGAUGUGAAGGAGGAAGCAGGCGGACGGCUGGGAGCCCUGCCUGGGCCGCCGUGGGCAGCCCGCCCUCUGGGGGUCUGAGAGGCCCGAGGUUGCUGGAGGUUGCCAUGGUGAUGCUGGUCCCCCGUACAAGUCCCUCCUUGUGGCCUCUGCCUCUCUGGAAACCUCUGUCUACCCCCUACACACACACACACACACACACACACACACACACACACACACACACAGACCCAUUUGAAGCUGAGAAUGAUUCUGCUCAGCCCUCACUUUGCAGAUGGACAAACUGAAGCCAGGGAGGAGGGACUUACCCAAGGUCACUUGGCAGAGGGGACUGGACCCCAGGCCUCCUGACCAGCCAGCUCCCUUUCUCAUGUGGCAGCUAGCACCACCCUCUCAAUUCUGUUCAGGGCCCAGAGCCCUCCCUUUCCCCAGGGAGCCUGAGCCACACAAGUCAGCCGGAAUCUUAAGCUGGGCGGCGGGAGACUCGGCACCCUGAGGCCCGUGUGGCCCUGGGCGUCAAGAGUUAGCAGGUCAGGUGGGAGUGAGAUCCCUGUGGCUUCAUGUGCACAGGCCGUGUUCUCUGAAGGAGGUGGGACCUGAGGGCCUGGAGGAUGGGCAAGUUUGGAGAAAGAGAAGAAGAGGUCAGAGUGGGGAGGAGCUGGCCCAGCCAAGGUGCGAAGGCCAGAAGGGAGGCCCCUCCUCCUCCCGUGGGGCGAGGAGGAGGCCGGGGGCAGAGACCAAGGGCUCAGGAACAGGGAGGGUGGUGGGAGAAGCAGGUGUUAGCAGGUGACAACAGGGUUCAGGUGGGAAUGGAGAAUGCUGGGGAGCGGGGAGCCAGGGAUGUGGGGUGGGCAGGGGUUUGCAUGAUCUGGUCGAUAGAACAUUCUUCUGGGUGCAGGCUGGAUUGGAGGGGACAGGGUGGAGGUGGGUGGCUUGUGGAGGAUGGUCAAGAGGGUCUGGUGGCCUAAGCUAGGGUUUUGGGGGUGAGGAGAGAAAGGAAGACCCCAUACUUCCAAGAAUGCCCCACAACUUUCCUUGCUGGGCCCCGUACCCUCCAGCAUAGGGAGCCCUGGGCCUGAUUAGGACAGAGGGGAGGGAGGCCUGAGCUGUACGCGCUGCAGAGGUGGGAACGAGGGGUCAUAGUCAGGACCCAGGGCCUGUCUCUUCCCUUCUCCCUUGUCCUGGCCGCCCUCACUGUCUCCUCCAGCUCCAGGAGUUGCUGGGAGAUUGGCCGUGGCUGUGGAAGACCAGGGCAACUAAGAGACACAUAUCUGUCUGGUCCUGAUGCUGCCCACUCUGCCCAGACAUGAGGGUGAAGGCAGAGACAGUGGGCAGCCGACACCCCAGGCCUGUGGCUAGAGGCCUUGGCACCUUCAAUCCCCAGGCACAAGAGGGGCCCUGGGGUCCCUCCUUCCCUGAGAGAUGAGGGCAGGGUGUGAAAAUGCCCGAGCAGGUCUCCUGCACACGGCGUUCUCCAAUGGGGCAGGGCACCCCUGUGCAACUGUGACAGCCUCUGUGCCCUGUCUCUCUCCUGGUGUCUCCCCAAGCCAUCCGUGUUCUAUUGGUUUAUUGUUAAUAAACGCCAAUGAGGUCAUCUUCCUUA